AUGGCGGUCCCAGCUCCGGGUGUGGCGGAGCUUCGGGGCAUCCUGGAGUUGGACUCCUUCGACCAGGCUCGGCGGCUCCGUGAUGCUUUGAAACCAUUCAAUCGCUCUGCUUUGCGCUCUGAGGCGGGCUUCCGAGGCUUCGCGAGGGAAAAGGGGCUGGGGAAGCUGCUGGCUUUGAAGGGCUUCGGCUCUGGACUGGAGUCCUUUGCUGGCGCCGCGGACGUGGCCAAGGGUUCUGACACGUUGCUGUGGGACGGCGAUUGGUUUAAGGAAGACAGCUUCACCAGCUUCAUCGCGGAAUUCUUGCGGGCCUCGCCUUCGCAUCAUGCUGUCGCUUUUCGCAAGGCCUCUGGCAAGCUGGACGGGUUCUUGCAAUCCUGGAGCCGGGCAGGCUUGCUUGAUCGCAUCUUCCUGGUGCUCGUCUCUGACGGCUGCGUGGAGGGCGCCAGGGCAGAGCUGCGAGGCCUCGGGGUGCCAACGGCAGAUCUCGAGAACCUGUGCUUGGGCUGGCUUUCCACGCGUGUCACAGGAGCCGAGCGGGUCUUGGCUCUCGGCGGCGGCCCCACGGUCCUGGCAGAGGCCCAAACGGCGCUGCGGCUGCCUCACGCGGCGGAGCGGCCGCGGCCGCGCUGGGAGGUGCUGCCGCUCUGGCGCGUCCGAGAGGGCGCGAGGGAGGAGGUCUCCGCGGAACUCCUGGAGCUGAGCCACAAGCUCUGCGAGCGCUAA